AGGCUGUAAGGCCGAAGGGGUAGGGCAUUCGCGUUUCGCAGGCCCGGAAGGGGAACUCAUGGUGGAGGUGGCCGGUAACUGAGGUGGGGAAAGUGAGACAGAAGGAUAGUCGUUUGCCUGAGAUUAACUACAAAUCAUUGGCAGAGUUGGGCUGAUCUACUUGGUAAACCUGGUGCAUCAUCAUGCUGGCUGCAAGGCUUGUGUGUCUCCGGACACUACCUUCCAGGGUUUUCCACCCAACUUUCACCAAGGCCUCCCCUGUUGUGAAGAAUUCCAUCACAAAGAAUCAAUGGCUCUUAACACCCAGCAGGGAAUAUGCCACCAAGACAAGAAUUGGGAUCCGCCGUGGGAAAACUGGCCAAGAGCUCAAAGAGGCGGCAUUGGAACCAUCAAUGGAAAAAAUGUUUAAAAUUGAUCAGAUGGGAAGAUGGUUUGUUGCUGGAGGGGCUGCUGUUGGUCUUGGAGCACUGUGCUACUAUGGCUUGGGAAUGUCUAAUGAAAUUGGAGCUAUUGAAAAGGCUGUAAUUUGGCCUCAAUAUGUGAAGGAUAGAAUUCAUUCUACUUAUAUGUACUUAGCAGGAAGUAUUGGCUUAACAGCUUUGUCUGCCUUGGCAGUAACCAGAACUCCUGCUCUUAUGAAUUUCAUGAUGAGAGGCUCUUGGGUGACAAUUGGUGCAACCUUUGCAGCCAUGAUUGGAACUGGAAUGCUGGUACAGAGCAUACCAUAUGAUCAGAGCCCAGGCCCAAAACAUCUUGCUUGGUUACUGCAUUCUGGUGUGAUGGGUGCAGUGGUGGCUCCUCUGACAGUACUGGGGGGACCUCUUCUCGUGAGAGCUGCAUGGUACACAGCCGGCAUUGUGGGAGGCCUCUCUACUGUGGCUAUGUGUGCACCCAGUGAGAAGUUUCUGAACAUGGGAGCACCCCUGGGAGUGGGCCUGGGUCUUGUCUUUGUGUCUUCACUGGGAUCCAUGUUUCUUCCACCUUCUACUGUGGCUGGUGCUACUCUGUACUCAGUAGCAGUGUAUGGUGGAUUAGUUCUUUUCAGCAUGUUCCUUCUGUAUGAUACUCAGAAAGUAAUCAAGCGUGCAGAAAUAACACCAGUGUAUGGAGUUCAAAAAUAUGAUCCCAUCAAUUCGAUGUUAGGAAUCUACAUGGAUACGCUAAAUAUAUUUAUGCGCAUUGCAACUAUGCUGGCAACUGGAGGCAACAGAAAGAAAUGAAGUGACAGCUUCUGGCUUCUCCACUACAUCAGAUGUCUUGCUGUUCAGUAGGGAACGUGUCAUUACACAGUUUGGAGGAGCAGCUUUCAUUGAAGUUUAGAAGAUAAGAACAUGUCAUCAUGUAUAAAGUGUUAAAAUAAUGUGACCCUUCAGGCCCGCUUUUUCACAUAGAGAAUAAAUUCAGUAGUUCUCUCCAAAUAAACA